CCAUUAUUUAACAACAAUAACAUUUCACUCUCAUUCACUAUCUCUCUCAUCUCUCUUUGUCUCACCAUCGUCGUCGUCUUUGAUCGUUGAAUUUCUAUCCCAAGACAGAGAAUUCCAUCAAUGGAGGCAAAUCAAACUAGGUUGAGCAUUCUAAUGUUUCCAUGGUUGGGUCAUGGACAUGUAUCCCCCUAUCUUGAACUAGCCAAACAUCUAUCAAAGAAAAACUUCAAAAUAUACUACUGUUCAACACCGGUCAGUCUCGUUUCAGUGAGAAAAGCUCUUGCAACGAGCUCCGAUGGCGCCUCAGUCCAUCUAGUCGAGCUUCAUUUGCCAUCGUCACCCGAUUUUCCUCCAGAGUGCCACACAACGAAAAAUAUACCACCAAAUCUCAUACCCAAACUUUUUGAGGUCUUUGGCCAGUCAAAAUCCAGCUUCUCUGCCAUAGUUUCCUCCCUGAAACCUGAUAUGGUGAUCUACGACAGAUUUCAGUCGUGGGCAGCCACAGUCGCCUCGUCCCUAGGCAUUCCAGCCGUUCAUUUUGCAGUAGGAGCAGCUGCAUCGCAUGCAUUUUUCUACCAUCUGAGAAUGAACUCACCUUUCCCUUAUGAUGCGUUGUAUCUUCAAGACUACGAAGAAAAGCCCUCUGAAAACGCAGUCGUGUCGAAGGUCAUGAGCGAAGAUGAUCAACAUCGUGGAUAUGCUCAUCUCAUGCUAUCUCAAGACAUCGUCAUGCUAAAGACAAGCAGAAGUUUUGAAGGGAAGUAUAUUGACUACUUAUCUGUCUUGCUGCAGAAAGAUAUCGUCUCCGUUGGUCCACUUGUUCCACGUGCAACGGGUGAGGAUGAUGAUUCGGGUAUCUUGCAAUGGCUCAGCAGCAAGAGCCAGUUUUCGACUGUAUUCAUCUCUUUUGGGAGUGAGAACUACUUGUCCAAGGAUCAGAUGCAAGAGGUGGCUAAAGGGCUGGAGAUCUCCAAGGUGAACUUCAUAUGGGUUGUGAGGUCUCCUCACGGGGAGAGAGUUGCUCUAGACGAGGCGCUGCCAAAGGGAUUUCUCGACAGGGUGGGAGCGAGAGGCCGGGUUGUUCAAGGAUGGGCACCACAGGAUAGAAUUCUAGCUCAUCCGAGUACUGGUGCUUUUGUGAGUCACUGUGGUUGGAGUUCUACACUCGAGAGCAUGUAUUUUGGUGUGCCGAUCAUAUGCCUACCUUUCAAGCUCGACCAGCCGUUGAAUGCUAGGUUGAUGGUUGAGGCCGGUGUGGCUGUGGAGGUGGCAAGGGAAGGGAAUGGGACCUUCAGCAGCAAGGAGUUUGCCAACGCGAUAAAGAAGGUCGUUUUUGAGAAAGCGGGGCAAGAGAUGAGGCGGAAGGCUGCAGAGCUGAGUGAGAAGAUGAAAAAGGAAGAUGAAUAUGUGAUAAGUGAAGCAGCAGAGAAGCUGAGGAAGAUUUGUAUGGAGCAUAAGCAGAAGAAUUGAAGUAGUGAUUCCUUCUCAAACAAACAUGUGAAAUCAGCUUCAUACACAUGUUAUCAAAUAAAUGCAUAUAUGUAUGAAUGCAUAUGAAUAAAACUAUGAGAUUUAGCAAAA